CCUUGCCCAGCACAGCCGCCGCGGGAGCCUCGGCAGCGGCAGCAGGAGCAGGAGCAGCAGCCAUGAGCCAGGCAACCGCCGCCUCUCUUUCAGCAGCAGAAGCCGCCGCCGCCGCGUCCGCUCCCGCCCCCCGCGGGGCUCCCCAGCAGCUGUCCGCUGCCGCCGCCGCCUCCCGCGUCUUUCCCAGCUCGGCGGGACCAUGAAGCGGCAAAACGUCCGGACCCUGGCCCUGAUCAUCUGCACCUUCACCUACCUGCUGGUGGGCGCCGCCGUCUUCGACGCGCUGGAGUCCGAGGCGGAGACGGCCGACCGGACUAAGCUGGAGCAGAAGCAGCUGGAGCUGAAGAGCAAGUACAACCUCUCCGAGGCCAACUACUGCGAGCUCGAGGGGGUCGUGCUGAAGCUGAAGCCCCACAAGGCCGGCGUCCAGUGGAAGUUCGCCGGCUCCUUCUACUUCGCAAUCACCGUCAUCACCACCAUAGAGUCGCUAAUGAGAAGAGUAUGUUCCAUUCUCCUUUUGGCAAACAAUUCCCAUGGAAAGAUGCAAGUCUUUCUGUGUCAUUCUACUUCUCCUCAAUUCUUCAAGGUUCAGUCUUGGAGUAUCUCUUUAUUGAAGCUGCUGGAACAGGUUGACUAAAUGGUAAGGUAGAUGGACACCAAAUGU